GAAAAGCCUACAGUUGUGAUAACACUCGGCUAGUAUCAAAACAGAUAAGCAUCAAGAAUCAGUGUAGUCGUGAUGGGAAGAAUGAUGAAUGCUGGAAGCGGAGUGAGACAAGAAAACAAGCGAUGGUCGUUAAUCCAUGGUCCUCGUUUCUUGGCAGUCCUACUGGUGAUAUCCAUGAUCCGCGUAGCAUCAACUCAGGACGAAAUGAGGAGUAAUCUUGAUCAAGGUUUGAACAAAAUUCGAACCCCAGGAUAUGCCAAGACAACAAGUAAAACCAACACUCAAUCCAACAGGGUUUGUAACACCACAGAAUGCAUUGAGGCAGCCAUCCAAAUUAAUAGCUCGAUGAACCUGGCCGUGGACCCUUGCGAUGAUUUUUAUGAGUACGCUUGUGGGAGAUGGCCGACAAACAAUAUUCGGCCGCCCGGCUUCUCGCGUUAUUCUAUAUAUGACAUAGCUGAAUUGAAAUCAGAGAAUUAUAAAAGAAAUAAAUUAGAAGGAAAACAAAUACAAGUAAACGGAGCUAGCAAUGAAGUACAGCAAAUGCCAUCUGUUUUGUACGCCUCGUGCAUGAACCUAACGGCCAUUGAAAAUCUUGAUGACGAACCUCUGAGAGAACGUAUUAGAGAAUUGGGAGGUUGGGAUAUGAGUGGAGACUGGGACGAGGCAAAGUGGGAUUUUUAUGAGACCAUUCUUUUGAUGCACAAAAAGCAAAAUGAAGCGGGCCCUGUAUUCUCAUUAGGAGUUUUAUCGUUUGGCACCAACAAAACGAGCUGGAUAUAUCAAGCUGGGCCAUCUCUAGAAAAAGAACAAUAUCUCAAUCUAUCAUCAAAGAAAAUUAAAGCACACAGAGAGCUGAUCAUUGAUGUCGUGACUCUGUUGGGUGGUAAUGUCAACACCACUGCCAAGAAAGCAGACGAGAUCAUUCGUUUGGAAGCCCAACUUGCAAACGUGUCUUUAACUGAUGCAGAGUACACGCCAUUACUAAAAAACAACAGAACUCUUGAACAACUUCAAGUAGAAAUUCAUGAGUUCAACUGGACUGACUACAUGAACAAUAUGUUUGCUCCAAUUACGAUUCCGAAUAGCGAAGUUAUUGGCUUGCCUACGCCGUCGUACCUAAAGAAGGCAAUGAAAAUAAUACAGGAGACACCAAAGAGCGUCCUGGCCAAUUAUAUGGUAUGGUACGUAAUACGGAAAGAGAUUUCGGGGCUUUCGAAGCGUUUCAAGGACUUGUGGGUAAAGUACGAGAAAGAAACAAAGGGUACUACAUCUGAGCAAGACCGAUUUAGAAAGUGUAUUGACUCAACUUUUAACUCUUUCAAUGAUGUAAUAUCAGCUGCAUACAUCCAAGAAUACCAUGAUAGACUUAAAAGCCAAAGAACCAUGGUAAGUUAUUGGACUGUUAUUCAGUAUAUAUUACAUAGGGUACAAGAUCUAAGAUGGUUUAUUUCUCCUUUGAAAGCAAAUGCCGCUUACCAUAUUUUAAAGCAUAGUAUAACUUUUACAGCAGUCAUCCUACAGCCACCAUUCUUAUAUCCUAACAAAUUCUUAAGAUCGUAUAACUUGGGCAAAUUUGGUCUAAUUGCGGGUCACGAAGUGAUGCAUGGUUUUGGCUCUAGCGGUCGAUUCUAUGACAAGGAUGGACAAAAAAGAAACUGGUGGACAAAUAAUUCACUACAAGAAUUCAGUAAACGAUCAAAAUGCUACGAAAAGCAAUACUCCGAGUACAAGAUAAAAGGAAAAUGGCCUAUCAACGGAAAGAAUACAGCUGAAGAGAAUGUUGCAGACAGCGGUGGUUUAAAAAUAGCACUCAAGGCGUAUUACAACUGGGUAGAGCGAAAUCCCAGUGAAACAUGGCGGCUACAAGGCCUAAAUCACACUAAUGAACAGUUGUUCUACAUUGGAUUUGCUCAG